GCAAACCAGAACACACCGGGCUUGAUGGUUAAUGAUUUGCCGCAGGAGCCCGCCGGAGAAGCUAGAGGACCGAGCGAGCGCGGGAGCGCGGGCGCAGGGACAGAGCCGAGCCCCCGCUGGCCUCACAGGCACCGCCUCCCGUCUUCCGGGCCCCAGUACUUCGGGGGGUUCCGGGCGCCGCAGACUGCAGGCUCCCCCAUGGAAGCCGCCUUGCCGACGGGACCCGGCGCCCCGCCGCCGCAGGCGCAGGGAGCAGCGAGCAGGGUGGUCGGCCUGCUGCGCAGGAUAAAAGGCAAACUCUUCACCUGGAAUAUUUUGAAAACAAUUGCCCUGGGUCAGAUGUUGUCCUUGUGUAUAUGUGGAACCGCCAUCACCAGCCAGUAUCUGGCAGAAAAAUACAAAGUGAACACCCCCAUGCUUCAGAGCUUUAUCAACUAUUGCUUGCUGUUUCUAAUUUAUACAGCAAUGUUGGCAUUUCAAUCAGGCAGUGAUAACCUUUUCUACAUCUUGAAAAGAAAAUGGUGGAAGUACAUCCUGCUGGGACUAGCAGACGUGGAAGCCAAUUACCUGAUUGUCAGAGCGUACCAGUACACGACUCUCACCAGUGUCCAGCUUUUGGAUUGCUUUGGGAUUCCCGUGUUGAUGGCUCUCUCGUGGUUUAUUCUUUAUGCAAGAUACAGAGUGAUCCACUUCAUUGCUGUGGCUGUCUGUUUGUUGGGUGUAGGAACUAUGGUUGGUGCCGACAUAUUAGCAGGGAGGGAAGACAAUUCAGGUAAUGAUAUACUCAUUGGUGACAUCUUGGUCCUUCUUGGGGCUUCCCUCUAUGCCAUUUCUAAUGUAUGUGAAGAAUACAUCGUGAAGAAGCUGAGCAGACAAGAGUUUUUAGGAAUGGUGGGAUUAUUUGGAACAAUUAUCAGCGGCAUACAGCUAUUGCUUGUGGAAUACAAGGAUAUUGCUAGCAUUCGCUGGGACUGGAAAAUUGUCCUGCUGUUUGUGGCAUUUGCCCUCUGUAUGUUUUGCCUGUACAGCUUCAUGCCAUUGGUAAUUAAAGUUACUAGUGCUACUUCUGUCAACCUGGGCAUCCUGACUGCUGACCUCUACAGCCUUUUCUUUGGACUCUUUCUCUUUGGCUAUAAGUUUUCGGGACUCUACAUCCUGUCCUUCACUAUCAUCAUGGUGGGGUUUAUUCUGUACUGUUCCACCCCGAUGCGUACGGCAGAGCCGGCCGAGAGCAACGUGCCACCAGUCACCAGCAUUGGAAUCGACAAUCUGGGACUGAAGCUUGAGGAGAACCUCCAGGAGACCCAUUCUGCGGUCUUGUAGUUGGAGAAAGUGCCCACGCACACCUGAAGCUUCCUGGGAAACGUCACUGGGAUAAAGCAGAGCCUGCUGACUGCUGAGGGGACCCUUGGAAAAUGAUCAGUCUCGGAGCAAACACUCCAUAGCAUUGGACUGGAUCCAGUGGUUAGAUUUUACAAAGUAAUACAAAAUAAUGUAUCAAAAGUACAAAUACUAAGAUUGUGCUUCUGUGUGUUUGAGGACCAAUACCUGUUAAUGUCAGACAGACAAGGCGUGGGCCCCAUUCUGGGGCCUCUGAAAGGUGGGAAAGCGGGAUGGGGCAGAUACCCAGGCAGGAGCCAGCCUCAGGACAGGGCCUGAAACAGCCUGAAAAUGGGCUGUCCAGGCCUGACGGGGUGGCCAGGAGAAGGGGCAGUCCAGGGUGGUCUGAGAGGAGGUUUCCUCAGCUGGAGGCUUCUGGGUUUGGUCCUUCUGAGUUGUCAUUGUCCACAGGCUACCAGUGAGAUCUGGUGACAGUGCAUAUGUCAGGAAAAUGGGUGGGGCCGCACUAGAGAAAUCCUGAGAUACAAAUGUGAGUACCAUGGCAGCAUUAAAGUGGAGUGCAGGAAACGUAGGAACCCUCUCUCUGUUGUUAAAAAAAGGCUGCUACACUACUUUUUACCAAAUAUUUGUUAUGUCCAUGAGAUUUUUAUGAUACUUCUUCAAUACCAAAUGUUAAUGAGUAGC